AUGUUCGAGAUAUCGAUAUCCCUGAUGCGGACGUGGCUCGUCGUGAUCAGCAUCUUCCUGCAGUUUGUUGUAGGAUAUACUCCAUUGUCCGAUAGCACUCUCCUCAACCUUCCUGCCGCAGGAUCGGAUUUUGAUAUCAAGACCGGCGAAAUUCUUGCCCCAAUUUUGAUCCCUCGAGUUCCUGGAACACCAGGCUCAACAGCCGUGAAAGAGCAUUUCGCCCAGUGGUUCUCAACACAUCUUCCCAAGUGGACUGUCGAAUACCAGAACUCGACUUCGAAGACUCCUGCGACCGGAGAUAAACAAGUCCCCUUUGUGAAUUUUAUAAUCACACGCGAUCCGCCAUGGGCCAGACCUGGAGAUGUUGGGAGGCUCGCUCUUGUUGCUCAUUAUGACAGCAAACUGUCCCCGGCGGGGUUUAUUGGUGCAACGGAUAGUGCAGCACCCUGUGCUAUGAUUAUGCAUGCCGCGCGCAGUGUUGAUGAGGCUCUGACUCGGAAGUGGGCAGCUAUGGAAGCAGAGGGUUCUCAUGGCCUGGAGGAGGAGAAAGGGGUGCAGCUUCUGCUUCUUGAUGGCGAGGAGGCAUUCGUGGUAUGGAACAAUGAAGACUCGGUCUAUGGAGCGAGGUCAUUGGCAGAAACCUGGGAGUCAACCCCCCAUGCUGCAAUGUCAACAUACCAUAAUAAGCUUAGUUCCAUCUCCCUGUUCCUGCUUCUCGAUCUCCUCGGUGCACCGAAUCCACACGUACCAUCAUUUUUCAAAACCACACACUGGGCAUAUCAGCACCUCGCUGAGGUUGAGUCUCGAAUGCGUACCUUAAGCCUCCUUGAAUCACAAGUUGAGCACCCCUUCCUCCCCCAGCACAACAAAGACCCGAAUUCAUUUAUGUCCUCGGGAAUAGAAGAUGACCAUAUACCCUUUAUGACCAGAGGUGUGGAAGUACUGCACAUCAUACCUAGCCCGUUUCCUGAUGUUUGGCACUUGCCGGAAGACGACCCGGAGCAUCUGGAUAUGCCCACCGUCCAAGAUUGGGCGAAGAUAGUCACGGCAUUUGUGGGGGAGUGGAUGGAUUUGGAGGGCUAUUUCCCGACAAAGGAGGAAGCUGAAGCUCGGAUUAGGAAGACGAGGUCUAAUCCGCUGAGUAAGGAUGAGCUUCAGUUACCCCCACCGCACGAUGGCCUGGCUUAUUCGGCUGUAGUAUCAGUUGUAGGAUGUGGAUUCAUGAAGAGGGCGCAACUGGAUGUGGAGGCUUGGUCAACAGAGGAAUUAGGAAGUGGCAACAGUAAGCCAUACUCGGCCAGCUCUGGAGGUAGAAAGGUGACAGAGAGGAGUACCUGCCAAAGCCCAGGAUCACCAGAGAGCAUUCGCACAGGCAAUGGUGACAACGAGUCAAGGGGCAAGGCUGGACUUUCCCAGCUUCUCCAAAGGCUCCGCCCCAGUGGAAGAAUACGGAAUGAAGAGAAAUAUGGAGGAUUUGCUUGGAUUGAACAAAAGCAGAGUCUCAACCCAGCCACCUCAGUUCCCAUUGGGCGCGAUUCCUUUGUGCCCACUGCCCCAGGGCCGAAAAGCGAACACGCCUGUCGCCAUCAGAAGCCGGCACAGGAGGUUGGAUACCAGCAGCUGGAAGCAAGACACACCGAAAUACAAAGGAAAACAGAGGAAACUUUACUGGGGAGAACUGAUAAGGGGAGCGUGGAGAUGGAGAGCAAUGUUUCCGACAAAAUAGAUGAAAAUCAAAGGUGGCAGGGUAAAACUUCCCCGGGCAGGACAGGUCGAGGGGUACAAAAGCGAGAGGAGAUGGGGAUGGUCGAUGCGAGAGGUGAUGCCCUGGUUGGUAGAGCUGCUGGCGUGAAGCAGCGCGUGAGGUGGAAAUAG